AUGUUUCAAUUGGCUGAUGAAUUAUAUCAUUAUUAUAAAUUAGAAGCAAUUGGUGAUAUAAAAUUAGGCGACAUUUCUUUAGCAAAAGAAAAAGAAGAACAAGCCAAUCAGAUUCAUAAAGAAUUAAAAGAAGUUCAUCAGAGAUUUUUUCGCACUGAUACUAAUGAUAAAUCUGAUAUUUAUACAAUAACAAAACUUAUUUGGUUACAAUCAACAUAUAAUACUAAUGAUGACAUGAUCAAAAUUCAAAAUCUAUUUGAAAAUAUUCUUCCAUCAUGUUUAAUAUUUUCCGAUGAAGAAGAAUGUUAUUGUCAUAUAUGUACAACUGAAAUUGAUACUAUAAUAUUUCUUAUUAUCGAUACUAUUUACAAAGAUUCAUCUGUCGUUGGUUUUCAACAACUUAACAAUGUUAAAAAAAUUUAUUUUUACGAUCAAUCAUUACCUCGAAAAAAUUUUGAUAAUAUUUAUUUUCAAUUAAUACAUGAUUUAAUUUCACAUUAUAACAAAUUGGGAAAUGAAUGUAACGCUAAAAAAGAUGCAGAAAAAGCAAAAGAUAUGUUUAUAAAAGCACAAAAACUGUGUGAACUUCUCAUCGAACUUUAA